AUGGCUAAAAGAGUACGACAAGCCCAGGUUACUUUAUUAGAGAAAGGUGUUUUGGAUGAAACAUUACAUUACAGACUAUAUUCUUUAGUUGGGCAUUCUAACAAUCCCUACCUACUCGGUUAUACUUGUCAAAGUGAUGCUUUUUAUACUAAAGUUCCAGUUCACGAUUCUAGCACUGCUAUUUCCUCUAUUUAUACCAGCCAAAUUAAAAUUUUUGUUUUUGGGAUUAGGUUAUCUUCUCGAGAAGAUUGGAAUAGAGAUGAGAAUAAUGAGCAUUUUAAUAUUAAUAAAUAUAGUGGUAUACAACUUUUUGGUCUUGACUAUAUUGUCACUCAACAAUUAAUAAAACAGCAUCGAAUUCCUACUUAUAAACCAAAUCAAUGGAGAGAUUUUUCUCCUAUUAAAGCUCUUUAUAAUUAUCAUGUAAAAUGA